UGGGGACACGCGCACGCGCCACCUCAGCGCUUUCCAGGGGGCGCCCAUGCGGCAGAUGCUCGCCGGCUCAGCGGCUUUGUCCGAGGCCUGGGAAGACCCAGCGGCUUGGUCUUCGCGCCUGACCCCUCAAGGCAGUUCCAUGGGCGGAGCUUCGGGCUGAUCAGGAAAUCCUUUUAUAUUAUUGUUCACUUAUAUUCAUUCAUCAAGGCCUUUGGGUCCUGAAGGACAGAAUUUACCUCUAAACAGGAAAAUGGAGAAAACACAUUUAUUUUGCAAGACAGAAGAAAGCAUCGAUGUAUCAGUUCAUGACUCUGAUUCUUUCACAACUAACUUAUCAUCAAGAAACAUUGAAAGCAAGAAAUACAGCAAAAUUUCUAAAACAUCAGGGAAGAGGAAUACAUCUGACACUAAAGGCUUAGUCCCAGAGUAUAAAAAAAUAUAUGAAACAUCAUUAUUCCUGUAUAGAGAAGAAAAAUCCACUGAGUUGUCAGGAUCAAAGAAAUUCAAGAAAAAGAAAAGUUUACAAGUACAGUUUCAUAGUAAAAGAACUGAGAUUGCCUCUCCCUGCCUGAAGCUGUCAAGAGAGAAGAUGACUGGGAAAGAAAGCACUUCACACAAGGUGCCCUGCCAGUUUGGUAGUCACAAGACUUUGCUUCCUCUCCCUACAACUUCCUCAACUCCUCGGAGGAAGGAGCCAAUUUCUAACCUUUACAUGACAUUAUAUGAACAAAUGCCUGAAGGAUCCCUAAAAUUCCAAGAAUUAAGUGCACUUCCCAAAGCCUGCAUGAUUUUUAGUAAAGUUCGACAGGGUAAGAUUUACGUGAAUGACUUACCAGUGAUCCUUCACAACUUGAAAAUUUCCAUGAGUGACUCCGAAAUGCGACAGGUUCUGAAGACUGUUGACAUUGACGUUAAUGGAAUACUGGAUUUCACAGGUUUCCUUAAGGCCAGGAAUGAUACUUCUCAAUUGGCCUCUCAGGAUCCAGAAUUUCAAAAUGUCUUGAAGACUUUUUCUAAGAUGAAAGAUGGUCGUGUAGCCGUUGAUGAAGUGGCUGCUUUUUUGGAUAACAUGGCUAUUCCAGUAAACCCUGAGACACUCAAGGACAUAAUAAAUCACUCUUACAUGGACAGUAACCACACGGUGGAUAUUGGGGACAUUAUAUUUACUCUGGAUGAACUGCAACAACAAUAUGAAGAUGUUUCAAUUAUGGAUGAAGCCACUUCAAGUAAACGAUUAUCAAAUAUACCAGGACAUCAUCUACAACCUAAGAAGAAAGGCAGUUCAUUUUCCAGAUUGUCCGAACCUCUCACAUCAAAAAAGCUGAAUGUACCUCCCUUUCAAUAUCACAGUAAAUCCUUGGAGAAACAUGAUGAGCCUGAAUUUAAACGAUCAAAAACUUCCUUACAGACAAAAAGAUUCUCAAGUGGGGUUGACAGUGAUCAUGUGGGAUUUCAGGAACCAUACUCAAAGAGUCAAGAUUCAAAGUCUAAGCUACCUAUCUUGAAGAGUACUUCAAGCCUCGAUAAGUUUCCAGAUAAAAGUGAUACUUCUAAGUUUCCAGAUAAAAGCGAUACUUCUAAGUUUCUGGAUAAAAGCGACACUUCUAAGUUUCCAGAUAAAGGCGAUACUUCUAAGUUUCUGGAUAAAAGCGAUACUUCUAACAUCCCAAAACUGCUAACUGUGAGAAAGCAGUCCAGCUCCCUAAAACCAGUUUCACCUAAGGAAAAAGCUGUAAUUAAUACCUUAGAAAGUGUCCAUGAUGUUAUCAAUAAGCUCCAAGGAGAUUACAUUUCCCCAGAGGAACUUCUGUCUGUUUUACCCAUGGUAGAGAUUACUUUAUCAGAAAAAGACUUCCAGAAGAUUAUGCCGGAGACUACUAAAAUUGAAAGUGGAAUGGUGAAUUUAGAUGACUUUAUUAUGGCAGUUUCCAAGGAGCACAAUAUACCCGAAUAUGAUGCAUUGAAUGAUGCCAUUGAAGGCGCUAAUAAAAUUCAGAAUGAAAAUGUUGCUGAUGAGGAUCUAGACAGUUGUCUUCAAAAUUUUGGAGUUUACCUUCCUAAGCCAGAACUAGAGAAGAUCAAAGAAUUAACAGGAGUUGAUGAAACAAAACAAGUGAAUUUAAAAGAAUUUAUUGGUAACAUGAUGAGCAACACGGAAGGCUUCUCUCAAAAUUUAUUGUUGCCAGAUGCUGUUGACAUCCUCCACAAUCUCAGCAAGGACAAGAUGGAUGUUUCUCACUUGUGGGACACAUUAUCUAGCUCAAAUAGUCAUUUAAAAAAAGAUGAAUUCUUAGAGGCAUUGAAAUCAGCCACAGUUGAUGGUGACAAAGUACAACUCGAAGAAUUUUCAAAAGCAGUAAAAGAUAUGCAGGACACCCGUAGGUUAAAAGAGUUGCAGGAGAUAGCCUCAGCUCUUAAUUCGCUUAAAGGCGAGACGAUAGCUCGGGAGAACUUGGAAGAUUUUCUAAAAAAUCUUGGGGUUACAUUAUUUAACGAAGAAGUGGAGAAAAUCCUUCAAUCAGACAUUGUUGCUGACAACAUGAUGAAUGUUAAAGACUUUAUGAAAGCUUUGAAAGACACCCUGAAAUUUUCUAACUAUACUGCAUCAAAAGAGGCCAUUAAUAAGCUGGACUCCAUGAAAGGAAGUUCUUGGUCUGAUAAAGACAAAUAUUUGGGGGGACUGGAAAAUGUCGAGGGUCUGAAAAAGGAAGUGUCGUCUCCACACCUGAAAUUACCAACAGCAGGUGAGAUCAAAGAAGCUGCUGACAUCUUGUCACAUGUUGAUAAUGGCAAGAUCUCUAUAUCUGACUUGCAGCGUGCCUUGAAAUGUUUGAAUGCUAAUUUGACUGAAGAAGACUUCAAUGAAGCUCUUGAACGUUGUGAUAUCAAUGAUAACAUGGAGGUGGACUUAAAAGAUUUCUUAAGGGAAACGAAGAGUAUGCCAAGCUUUAAAGAGUCCAUAGUCUCACAGGUACUCCUAACCACUCCCCAAGUUCUCCAGAAGGAUCUACUUGAUGUCUCUGACUUCAAGAAGUUAUUGAAGAAUGAUGAACUUCAUUCAGCUGAAGCCACACUGACUGAAGUGUUGAAAAAUGUUCCUGAGCAUGAAAAAGGCAAAGUUAGCGUUCAAGACUUUCUGACCACAUUUGCAGAUACCUUGAGAACUCUAAAAUCUGAAGGAGAGAAAGAGAGACUUUACAACACCAAAAUUGACAGAAAUGAUCGUAAUGCCAUUUCUGACAUUAAGCAAAGUUUAGAUGCUAUAAGAAUCCACCUAACAGAUGGCGAAAUACAGAAGGUGUUGGAUAACACUACUCCUUCUAGUGAUGUGGUACAGUUUAAGGAUAUCGUCAGAGAACUGGCCAACAGUGAGAUAUUUAAUGAGUGCCGGAGAAUAGAGGACACAUGCAAUGUUGUCGAUAAAGUCACUGAUGGAAAAAUUGAAGUUAAAGACCUUUUACCUGCCUUGGAGAGCUUCAAGAAAUCUUUACAGGAGAAAGGCCAGCCUGGGAUGUUUCCGAUUUCUGAGAUGGAUGAAAGAGAAGUGGUCUUAAAAGAAACAAUUGGUUCUUUUGUUGACUCAUCUAGCCCAGCAACAUCAUUCACCAGUUUAUUGAAAGAGAUUACAGCUUUUGAUAAUAUCAGAAAUAAUACGAUGCCUGCAAAUGAACUGAUCUCCAAUCUCACGAGUGCUGGAAUUCCAAUAAGCUACAAUACAAUGCAGGAGAUCCUGAGACAGGCCUCAUUCAAUGAAAAUGAUGAAGUAAGUGUCAAACAGAUUUUGGAGAACUUAAGUACACAUAAACCAGAUUCUGUAUUGGAAGAUAUACAAACAGCCCUUAAUACUACCACGUUGAUGAGCUCCGACAAAAUUCAAGUUGCCAACUUAAAAGAUGCUUUUAGUGACCUCAAUAUUCCUUUAAGACCCAAGGAACAGCAGAUGUUAGAGAAAACGCUUAAUGCUGAUGAAAAUGGAGACGUUUCCCAAAGGACUGCUCUUUUAGCAUUGAAGAGCAAUAAGCGUCUACAGGAUUUUAGAGAGGCUAAUGAACUUGCAAAGGCUCUGAACAAAGUCGCCAGUGGAAAAAUUAGUAUCGAUGAUAUGAAACUUAUUUCCAAAGGCCUGGGACUUCAUGUUCCAGAUGAAGAAUUACAGAAGGUGGAAUCAGACAUUUCUGUUGAUAAGGAGGGGAAUGCGGAUUUAAAAGAUUGGCUGACAAAGUUGAAAGAAACACCAUAUUUUACUAAAAGUUCAAAAAUGCAAGGUCCCUUGAAAACUCUGGCCUCCAUUAGGAGAAAUGAGGUGAAUUCUGAUGAUCUACUUUCCAUUUUGAAAAAUGCGGGGGUUGUUUUACCCCAAGAUGUGAUUGAGGCAGCCCUGAAGAACGUGACACCCAGGGAGAAUGGGACAUUGGAUUUGGUCGAGUUUCUGAACCAUUUGAUCAAGUCACAGCUUUCAUCUGCUCCCGAAAGAGAAAAGAUUGAUGCCAGUACUGUAGAUAAAGUUUUGAAAGACAUGAACCUAACACUCAAUGAAGAGGAGGAGCAGGUUCUGUUUGAACACUUGCCAGCUCCUGAUAAUGAAGAAGUGGAUAUGGAAACAUUUAUCGGGGCCAUGAAGAUGCUCAAAGUAAAAGUUGAUGUUACUAAUCUGCACAACUUCCUGGAUGAUAUGGGUGUUGAGCUUUCUGGUGAAGAAUAUGAUGACCUAGUAAACCAUCUCCCUGUCCAUGCUGAUAAGAAGAUAAGUCAGCUUGAGCUGAUAGAUACUAUCAAGACUCUUAAAAGAGGAAAGGUUGACACCACAAAAUUAGACAAUGCCCUGGAGAAGAUGGGAGUGGAACUCACAAACAAAGAAUUGCAGCGUCUGCAAGAACAUCUGCCAGUUGACACUGAUGGAAAGGUACAUCUAAGUACACUUCUGGAUGAAAUUGAUCGUCUUAAAAAAGAAGAGGAGAAGAUUGAUGUCAGUGACCUUGACACCAUUUUGGAGAAAAUGGGAAUGGAUUUCUCUGAUGAAACAUCUGGAGGAGUGGCACAGAAUUGGCAAGUUCAACUUAGCCAACCGCUGGGUGCAGUUCCACGUGUUUCAGAGGAAACAAUGGACAUCAGGGACUUGGACAGCAUGCUCAGGAACAUGAGUAUUGAGCUCACCGAAGGAGAAGUGAAAGAGCUGAAAAGAAACCUCUCAGUUGAUGCUAAGGGGACAACUGAUCUGGACUCACUGGUGAAUGGACUACAAGUCAUCACAGGAGAGAAAAUUGAUGUCAGUGAUGUGGAAAAUGCCAUCAAAGAUGUGGAGAGUGAAAGAGCGUCUAGAGAGCGUCUGGAGCAGAAGUCAUUCCCAACUCAUGGAAUGCAAGUGGAUAUCAGUGAUCUUGACAGUCUACUUGGAAACAUGGCUUUCAAACUGACACCUGAGGAAUCAACCUCAAAGUUACCAGAUUAUGGAAGACGUGUUGGUGUUGACAUGAAAGAAAGUUCUCAAUAUGAGGAAAUGGAAAGUAAAAUUAAGGAACCCUCGGAAUUGGUGAAUAACCUGCCCAUUGAAGGAAGAAAAAUUGAUGUGGGCCGUUUGGACAGCAUUCUGGGACAGAUGCAGAUUAAACUCUCAGACAAAGAACUCAAGAAGCUGUCAGAUAGCCUUAUAGGUAAAGAGGAGAUUGAUGUCAACAAAUUAAUGGAUACAAUAAAAGCUGAAAAAGAAGGAGAAACGGUUGGUGUUGCUGAUAUUAAAAGUAUACUGCACUUAAGGUAUCUGCCUAGAGGAAGCAUGGAUAUGGCAAAUAUUUCUGUUGAUGAUAUUCGAGAAUUCUACCAAAAGAAAUUGACUGAUAGUGUGGGAGCCAUUGAAGGAGAGGAUAUUGAUGUUCAUAAACUGGAGUCUGUUUUGCAAACUAUGGAUGUAAAACUUUCAGAAAAUCAAAUGAGUGACCUAAUGAAAAACCUGCAAGUUGAUGAUAAUGGAAAGACUUCAUUCAGUAGUUUGUUGGAUUCUGUCACAGCAGUUGUAGCAAAAGAUUUAGGUAUUGAAGACAGGAAGAAAGUUCCAGAAGAUGUAAAGUCAGAACACAGGGAUAAAGUUAAACGAGAGAGCAUGAAAAGUCAACAAGCUGAUGAAUGGACUCCUGCUUCCAAAAAAUUGGAUAGUCUUUUACAAAGCAUGGGAAUCAACCUUGCAGAAGAGGAAAUUAAUGACCUGCUACAAAAUCUGCCAGUUGAAGGAGGAAACGUUAAGCUUGAUAAUGUGGACACUGUCCUGAAAAACCUGGGAGUGACGCUCACACCAAAGGAGCAAGAAAGAUUAAUGAAGCAACUGCCAUCUAGGGUCAAGAGUCCUAAUGAAAAAAUUCCACUCAAUCAACUGAUAGAUACAGUAACAAAAGUUACAGGAGGAGAAGUUAAUGUCAAAGACAUAAAAAGUACUCUGGAAAAAAUGGGAAUAGAGCUCACAGAUGAAGAAUGCUCACAAGUAGAGAGCAUGCUUCCAAUUAAUGCGAAUGGCAAGGUGUACCAGAAUAGGUUGCUGGAGGGUGUGUUAUCCUCUAAAAGCGGGAUUGUGAAUGUUGCUAGCAUUGACACAAUUUUACCACACAUGGACAUGGAACUCACAGAAAUGGAGAAAGAAGAUUUGGUAGAGAAACUGCCUCUUGAUGGUAAUAAGAAGGUUGAAUUGAGAAAUUUACUAAAUUCAUUGAAAAAUUAUACUGGAAAAAAGAUUGAUGUCAACGAUCUACUACGAGUUAUGAGAGACAUGGGGAUUGAACUCAACAAGAAAGAAGAGGAGACACUACUUCGUGCCCUCCCCGUGGAUGAUGCCGGAAUGGUGUUUCAGAAUAGACUGUUGGAAGAAGUGAAGUCUAGGAAAGGAGGAAUGGUUAAAGUCAAUAACCUGGACACUGUUCUGGGAAGUCUAGGCAUUAAACUCACAGAUAAAGAACACGAAAGCCUGACAGAAAAUCUACCACUUACUGCUGAUGGAAAGAUUCAUCUUGAAAAAGUGCUAGACACAGUAGAAUCUAUUACAGGAGGAGACAUUGAUGUCUGCGAUGUGGCAAAUGUUCUGAAGGAAAUGGGAAUAACUCUCACAGACAAUGAACACAGAGACCUGCUGGAGCAGCUCCCCAUCAGUGCUGAUGAAAAAGUCCACAAGAACAGAAUGAUGGAUGGUUUGAAGUCUCUUAGUCAUGGGACUGUUGAUGUCAAUAAAAUCGACACAAUUUUGAAAAAUAUGGGGUGGAAGCUAACAAAUGACGAAAUUAAGGAUCUGAAGAAAAAUGUGCCUGCCGAUGUACAUGGAAGAGUUUCAAUGAAAAACUUGUUGAAGGGGUUAGAAGCAUUUACAGGAUCAAAGUUGGACAUGAGAUUUCUUCCUGCUAUGAUGAACAAAAUGGGCCUUGAGCUGACAGAUAGAGAACGGAUGAAGCUGAUGAGUGAGCUGCCUAUUGACGAAUCUGGGAAGAUCUAUAAAAACAGAUUGUUGAAUGAGGUCAAGUCUUUUGAAGGAGGAAAGGUUAAAACAAAUAAAAUAAACACUGUUCUGGAAACCAUGGGAAUCAAGCUCGAAGAAAAGGAGCUGGAUCAAUUAAAAGAAAACCUACCAGAUAACGGUGAUGGGAAAGUUAAUUUCCAAGACUUGAUGAAUGAAGUAAAAGCUCUCAUAGGAAAUGAAGAAAAUAUCAAAGACGUGAAGAAUAUUCUUGAAGGCAUGGGAGUAGAGCUCACACAGCAAGAAUAUGCAGACCUGUUGAAAAAUCUCCCUGUGGACGUUGAUGGAAAUUUCUACCAUAACAGAUUAAUGAACACUCUGAAAUCUCUUAAAAGAGGGAAGGCUGAUGUCAACAAACUGGACACAGUGGUGAAAAACAUGGGGAGGAGAGUUUCAGGAACGGAAUUUAACGAUAUGACCAAGAGCUUACCAGUGCGUUCUGGGAAAAUUGAAAUGAAAACGUUGAUCAAUGCAAUGAGAGCCUUUACAGGUAACAAGAUUGCUAUCAGUGAUCUCCAAGAUGUUCUGGGAAGCAUGGGCAUUGAGCUCACAGAUAAGAUGCUGUCCGAUCUGCAGAAAGCCCUGCCUGUGGACGAUGAUGAAAUGGUAUUUCAGAAUAGAUUGUUCGAAGAAGUGAAGUCUCUCAAAGGAGGGAAAGUUGAUGUCGAUAACAUUGACACCAUCCUGGAAAAUAUGGGGAUUAAGCUCACAGAGGCGGAGCUUAAAGAGCUAUCGGAAGCCCUGCCAGUCGAUGCUAAUGGGAAGGUUGAACUUACUAAGUUGAUGGAUGAAGUGAAAGCUCUCACAGGAGGAGAGACCGAUAUCAACGAUGUGAAAAAUGUUCUUAAAAAGAUGGGGAUAGAACUCACAGAAAAAGAAAUGUUGAAGCUGCUAAAAAAUCUACCAGUCAAUGAAGAUGGAAAGAUCUAUCACAAGAGGUUGAUGGACAGUCUGAAGUCUCUUUCAGGAGGGACUAUUAGUGCCAAUAAACUGGAUUCUCUUCUGGAGAGCAUGGGCAUGAAACUCAAAGAAAAGGAAUUUGAAAACCUGACUCAGAAGCUGCAGCAAGAUGUUAAUGGGAAUGUCAGUCUUAAAAAGGUGAUGGAUGAAUUAAAAAAAGUUUCUGGCAACAAGCUUGCUGCAAGUGGUCUUCAGAGUUAUCUCAGAAACCUGGGGGUCCAGCUGACAGAUUCAGAGUGCUCGAAGCUAAAGGACACUUUGCCUACUGAUGCUGCUGGAAAGUUAGAUGAGAAUAGCGUGCUGGAUGCUGUACAGUCUUUUAAAGGAGGGAUGGUUAAUCUCAGUGACCUGGACAAAGCUCUUGGGAGCAUGGGAAUUGAACUCACAGAGAAAGAACGUAAACAUCUAAAUGAUGACUUUCUAGCCAAAGCUGAGGGGAAGAUUGGUCUCAAUAAGCUUCUAGAUGAAGUAAAAGCAAUUAGAGGAGAGCCUAUUGCCAUGGCUGAUUUAGAAGAUGUUCUAGACAACAUGGGGGUAGAACUUACAAAUAAGGAAUUCAGGAAGCUGGUAGAAAAGUUGCAAGCUGAUGAUGUUGGAAAAACCUAUCAGAAGAGGUUGCUGGAGGGUUUAAAUACAUUUACAGAGGGGAGAAUCAAGGCUGAAAAAGUGGACACGUUUCUGAAGAACAUGGGGAUGAACAUCUCAGAAAAAGAACUUAAAGAUCUAACACAAAGCCUGCCCGUGAGUGCUGAUGGGAAAGUUGAUAUAAAAACUAUAAUGAAGGAGGCAAAGACUUUCACAGGUGAAAAGAUGGAUGUCAAUAAUCUGGAAGAUAUGCUAAGAAAAGCAGGGCUUGAGUUUAAUGAGCUGGAGUAUUCGAAGCUACUGAAAACUCUGCCAGUGGACGAUAAUGGGAUGGUGCAUUGGGCUAGAGUCCUGAAGGGUGUGAAGUCUCUCAAAGGAGGAAAACUUGAUGUCAAAAACCUGCACCCUUUCCUGGAAAACAUGGGUAUCAACCUUCUUAAUAAAGAAGUGGAGCAGCUGAGGGAAAGCCUGCCAGUUGAUGCUAAUGGAAAAGUUGACCUAAAUAAGGUGCUGGACGGAGCAAAAACCUUUACAGGAGAAAAAAUUGGUAUUGGCGAUAUAAAAACUGUUCUGGAAAAAAUGGGGCUAGAGUACAAAGAUCAAGAAUUCUCCAAACUGAUGGAAAAUCUGCAAUUUGAUGAUGACGGAAAGAUCUUUCAAAACAGGUUACUGGAGAAAGUAAAGUCCCUGAAAGGUGGGAAGGUUAGCUCCAACAAUCUGAAGACUCUGGUGGAUAGCUUAGGAAUCAAGCUUAAGGACAAUGAAUUUAAGGAUCUGGUACAAAAUCUCCCUACUGGUGCUCUUAGGAAAGUUUCUGUAGACACACUGAUGAAAAAGUUGAAUGCUUUUACAGGAGACAAAGUUGAUUCCAGUGACCUGAAAAACAUCUUAAAGAACCUGGGGGUUGAACUCACAGAGAGGGAGCAAGAAAGGCUGCUGAAAACACUGCCUGCUGAUGAUUCUGGGAAAGUGUAUUACAACAGGGUGCUAAAAGGCGUGAAAUCCUUCAAUGAGGGAAAGGUUCAGGUAAAUAACCUGGACGGUUUCCUAAAAAGACUGGGAAUCAAACUCAAUGAAGAAGAAUUUGCAAAGCUGUCAGAAGACCUCCCAGUGGAUGAUGAUGGGAAGGCUGAUCUGAAAAAGGUGAUGGAUAGAGUUAGAACCAUUACAGGAGGAGAAGUGGAUAUCAAAAAUGUGAAACCCAUUCUAUCAAAAAUAGGAAUAGAGCUUUCAGACAAAGAAUUCUCAAAAGUGAUGGAAAAACUCCCUUUUGAUGACGAUAACAAGGUCUUUAAGAACAGGUUACUAGACACCAUGACGUCUCUCAAAGGUGGUAAAGUCGAUGUCAACAACCUGAACACAGUUCUGGGCAACAUGGGAGUCAAACUUUCAAAUAUGGAGCUUAGAGAUCUGAAUCAAAGCAUACACGUUGGUGUUGAUGAGAAAAUUCCUCUACAGACACUGAUGGAAAAACUGAAAGACUAUACAGGUGAGAAGAUCUCGACUGACGAUGUACCAAGUGUCCUGGCAAACCUUGAUAUCGAGCUCACAGACAAGGAACUGCAGGACCUGAUGAAACCGUUGCCCCUCGAUGAUACUGGGAAGUUAAGUACUAACAGGCUGCUGAAGGGUGUGAAGGAUCUCAAAGUGGGGAAGAUCAAAAAGGAUAAUCUCCAUAGUUCUUUGGAAAAUAUGGGGUUCAAACUCUCAAUGGAGGAAUUUGCUGAAGUGACAGAAAACCUAGACACUGAUGCAAAGGGGAAUGCUGAUCUGCAGAAAGUGAUGGAAAGAGUGAAAGCUGUCACAGAGAAUGUCAACAUAAAAAAUCUGGAAAAUGUUCUAGGCAACAUGGGAAUCAAGCUGUCCAGCAAAGAACUUGACGAUCUGACAAAAAACCUGCCCAUCGGUGCUGAUAAGAAAGUGCCUCUGAAAAUUUUGAAAGAUGAAGCAAAAGCUUUUACUGGUGAAAAAGUUGACUCUCGUAACCUCCAAAAUGUACUUAAAAAUGUGGGGAUUGAGCUUUCUGGCAAGGAAUUGAAUCAAGUCCUGAAAACAUUGCCCACUGAUGAUCAUGGAAGGGUGUUUCAAAACAGAUUGAUGAAAGAAGUGAAAAGUAAUAAACGAGGGCAGGUUGACGUCAAUAAUCUGGAUGCUGCUUUAGACGCCCUGAACAUCAAGCUCACAGAAAAGGAACUUGAGCAGACAAAGGCUGGUCUGAGUGGUGUAGGGCAUAAGAAAAUUGACCUGGGGAAACUGAUGGAUAAAGUACAGUGUAUUACAGGAAAGGAAGUUGAUAUCCAUGAUGCAGCGAAAGUUCUUCAAGAUAUGGGAAUAGAACUUACAGACUCACAGCUAUCCAAAAUAGUGAACAAUGUACCAGUUGAUGAUGGAAAAGUCUAUCUGAGACGGUUGCUGGACGGUAUGCAGUUCUUUAAAGGACCCAAGGUUGAUGCCAGUAGAGUGGACACAGUUUUGGGAAAUAUGGGAAUGAAUCUCAGUCAAAGGGAGCUUCAAGAUCUAAUGAAAAACCUGAAAGUUGAUGAAAACAAUAAAGUUGACGUGAAAAGGGUAAUAAGUGAAGCAAAAUCUUUCACAGGAGGGAAAGUUGAUGCAAAUAGACUUCCAAAUGUUUUGGACACAUUUGGUAUUUCACUCAGGCCUUAUGAAAGCUCAAAGUUGCUAGAUAUGUUGCCAGUUAAUGAUGAUGGAAGAGUUUUUCAGAAACAGUUGGUGAAGGCCGUGAAGUCUCUUGAUGAAGGCAGUGUUGAUAUCGAUAGCCUGGAUACGUUUUUAGAAAACAUGGGGAUCGAGAUGACAGAGAAAGAAUUCAUGGAUCUAACAACAAGGCUGCCAGAACCCUCUGAAGGGAAAGUGAAACUAAAUAAUUUAAUGAAAGAAGUGUAUUCUAUUUUAGGAGAGCCAAUAGAUGUUUAUGACCUAGAAGAUACGCUGAAAGACAUGAAAGUGGAGUUUACAGACAGAGAGUAUACGACUCUGAUAAGAAGUCUUCCACUUGAUGCUUCAGGAAAGGUGUUUAAGAAAAGGAUAUUGGAUGGUAUAAAGACUCUUAAAAGGGGAAAAGUUGAUGUAAAUAACCUGAGCCCAUUUCUGGAGACCAUGGGACUUGAUCUCUCACAGAAGGAAUUUGAAGACUUUGUAGAAAACCUACCAGUUGAUGAGAAUGGAAAAGUUGAUAUGAAAAACAUUGUGGCAAAAUCGAAAGAUUUCGAGGGAGAAAAGAUUGGUGUCGGUGGCCUGAAAAACACUGUUGGAGAAAUAGGAGUUGACCUCAAUGACAGAGAAUAUGUGAACCUGCUGGAAACAUUGCCAUUUGAUGAAAAUAACAAAGUUUUUCUAAAUAGACUCCUGUCAAGUCUGAGGGCUUUCAAAGGUGGAAGGGUUGAUCGUAAUAAUGUGAAGCCACUCCUCCAGAACUUAGGGCUCAAACUCAGAAACAAGGAAUUGAGAAGUGUGGUACAGAAGCAGGCUGCUGCUAGUGCUAAUCGAAGUAUCCCUCUGAAAAAAAUAUUAGCGGAUGUGAACUCGGUUGUAGGAGAAAAAAUUAGUGCUAAAGAUGUGAAAAGUUUUUUAGAAGCCGCUGGAAUAACAUUAACACCUAAAGAAUACUUAGAACUGAUGAGAAAUCUACCGACUGACGAUAAUGGAAAUAUAUAUGAAAACAGACUGAUCGACUGUCUGAAAUCGUUCGAAGGUGGGACAGUUGAUGUCAAUAACUUAGAAAAUGCUUUGGAAAACUUGAAAAUCAAGCUCUCAGAUGAAAAACUAAAAGAUCUGUCAGAAAACCUUCCAUUUGAUGCCUCUGGGAAGAUUGAUCUGCAGAAACUAAUGAAAGAAGUACGAAAAUUCACAGGAGGAAAAAUUGAUGCCAAACUCGCACAAAGAGUGCUGGAGAACAUGGGCAUAGAGCUCACGAACAAGGAAGUCAAUGAGCUACUGAAAAGGCUGCCUGUUGCUGAUGAUGGGAAGAUACCUAAAAACAUAUUACUUGAUCAUAUAAAGUGGUUUCCUGGGGGCAAGUGUCAUGCCUCCAAAAUGGAUGCCAUCCUAGAAGACAUGGGCUAUGAGCUGGAGGACGAGGAAAUUGAAGACCUGCAGAGCCAUCUGCCCAUUGAAGAUGGAAAGGUUAAACUGAGUAAGAUGAUGGAAAAUGUAGAGUCAUUCACAGGAAACAAAGUGGAUGUUGGUGAACUAAAUGGCGCUUUGAAAACCACAGGGAUAAUACUCACACCAAAGGAACGCUGGGAGCUGCUAAAGACCCUGCCUGUCACCUAUGAUAAUAAGGUGUAUCGCAACCGACUGUUUGAUGGUUUAAAAACUUCGCACAGAGGGCGAGGCUUUACAAGUAAACUAGAAACCAUUAUGGAAAACUUCAACUACCAGGUUGGAAAAUCAGACUUGAAAAGUCUAUGGAACUUCUUGCAAGUUGACGAUGCUGGACGUUUCUCACUGAGCUCCUUGGCGAAUGCAGCCAAUUUGUUUUCUGGUGUUAAAAUAAAUGCCGAGGAUAUACAACCAUAUCUGGAAAGCUUGGGCAUUGAAUUAACAGACAGUGAAAGCCAGCUGAUACAGAACACACUUCCAGUAGAUAAUGACAACAUGGUGUACAAAAAUGUGUUAAUGGACAUACUGCGGACUCUCAGAAGUGGAAAAGUCGAUAUUGAUAAAAUCGAUGAUGCUCUUGAACACCUGGGAUAUCCUCUUGAGGAAGAGGAGAUAGAGGAGUUGUCUAAAAAUCUGCCAGUUAAUCGCGAAAGGAGUGUCCGCAUGGAUUUGCUCCUGAAAGAAGUUGAUGCCGUUUUAGGGGAAGAAAUCGACUAUAAUGACAUGGACAAUGUUCUUAAAAACAUUGGGUUAAGACUCCACCUAAAAGAAAGCAAUGUAUUAAUGAAAGCUUUACCAAUGGAUGCUGCCGGGAAGAUAUACAAGCACAAGCUGAUAGACAGCGUCAUGUCCCUCAAAGGAGUUCAGAUUGAUUUGAAAAAGAUAAAAACUUUCAUGGAAAAUAUGGGUUUUGAACUUGAGGAGAAUGAAUAUGAAGACCUGAUAAGUUACCUGCCCGUUAAUGAUAAUGGGAUGGUUAAUAUCAAUGAUGUCAUGGAUAAAGGGAGUCUUUUUACAGGUGAGAAGAUUGACAUUGUUGACCUGGACGAUUUCCUGGAAAAGAUAGGGAUCAAACUCCCGGAAGACAAGAUGAUGAAGUUGCUGGGUAAACUGCCAACUGACGCUAGUGGAAAACUGUACAAGAAAAGGUUAAUAAGAGAAUUGGAGAAUGUUGAAGGGAUAAAGAUAUAUUCAAAUAAGGUGGAUGCUUUCGUUAAAAAUGCAGAAAUUAAUCUCAACAAUGAAGACAUGCAGACGCUGAUGGACCAUCUACCAGUUGAUCGUAAUGGGAAGGCUGACUUCCGUGUAUUGAUGAACGAAAUUAAAAAGAUUACAGGAGAAAAGAUUCAUGCAGAGGACAUAAAAGAAAUUCUGGAAAACAUGGGUAUAGAAAUGACCAAUAAGGAAAACAAAAAACUGCUCAAAACUCUACCUGUCUGUGCUGACAAAACAGUGUUUAAGAAAGAAUUACUAUCUGGUGUGAAGUGCUUCAAAGGAGGGAAAGUUAACGUCCAUGAUAUGAAGACUGUUCUUCAAAACACUGGUUUCAAACUGGAAGCAAAAGAGCUGAAGGACCUGCAGUCCCGCCUGCCGGUAACCGAACAUGAAAAGAUUGACUUGGAUGUGUUGAUGGAUGCAGCAAAAUCUUUCACAGGAGAACGAGUUGACACCAAAGACUUAAAAGAUGUUCUGGGGAACAUGGGAAUUGCCAUCAGUGAAAGAGAAGAAUUGAAGCUAUUGAAAUCUCUGCCCAUCACUAAAGAUGGAACAGUCUAUAAGAAGAGAUUACUGGACAGUGUGGCGUCAAUCAAAGGGAAAAAAGUCCAAGUCUGUCAUGUACCACUCGUUUUGAAGAAUGCAGAAUUUGAACUUGAGAAGGAAGACUUUGAUGAUCUCAUGAAACAUCUGCCUGUCGAUGAAAAUAAACUGGUUGAUUUAAGUGUGUUAAUGGAUGAAGCAAAAACUUUUACUGGGAGGAAAGUUGAGGUUGAAGAUCUGAAAAAUGUGCUGAGAAGAGUGGGACUGGUGCUCCCCGACAAAACAUACAAGGAUCUGCAGAAAAGCCUGGCCGUUUACGCUGGUGGGAAGAUAUAUAAGAAGCGACUGCUAAAGUAUGUGACGGAUCUCAAAGGGCCACGGGCCAAAAUAAAAAAAAUGGAAUCUCUCUUGGAAAACCUGGGAGUUAAGAUCAAAGAUGAAGAACUUGAAGAACUAAUGGCCCAGCUGCCAUCUGAUGGUAACAGAACAGUGGAUCUGAAUGAUCUGAUGGAUAUCAUCAGUUACAUCAAGGGAGAAGUAAUUGACAUCCAAAACCUGGGCAAGUUUCUAGCAAAUGAGGGGAUCGAGCUCACAGAAGAUGAGAUGAACAACCUGAUGCCUUACCUGGAAUUUAACGGAAGUGGGAAGGUGACCAUACAAUCAAUAAUGGAGGGUCUGAAGAAACUUAAACCGAAAGGAAUGAUGAAUCUGCACAAGUUGUUAAGAACUGCCAGUGGUAUUAACGAAAGAGUCUCUGGCCAAAUGGCAGUUUCAGGACUUAAAUCCACACUGAAGCUGAAGCCCCUGAAAGCACCUCUCUUUCACAGGAGAGAUAGAGCAUAUCUUCCAGGUUAUUUACAACACAAAGAAUCGAAGCUGAGCCCUUCACAACUGGAAGCCUUCCAAAAUGCUUACAACUACUUCACCAAGGAUAAAACUGGCUGUAUUGAUUCACAUGGAUUGAUGAGCACCUUAGCUAAACUGGGGAUGAAUCUAAACACAUAUGAUAUCUAUAAUGAAUUAAAGUGUGCUGAUCUUGACAGAGACGGUAAGAUCAACUUCUCAGACUUUAUAGAGGUGCUGACAGAUAAGAAACUCUUCCUCAAGGCUGUGGUUCCAGAAAAGAAACUGUGUUUAGAUUUAGCUAACAACCCAGGGAUCUUAUUAUUUGAAAUCCUAUCAAAACUUGUAGAGACGUCAGCCCUGCACAGAAAGGAUAUAAUAGAGCUAGUAAGCUAUUUCCGAAAAAAAUUCCAGGAAAGCAACGUGGAAAGACUGUGGAGUCCUAGAAGGGGCUUUAGGGCAGACAUAUGCACUCCUCCGCGCUCAAGCACGGCUGCCUUUGCCAACUCGGCCAGGAUCUCCAUCAUGAAAGAAAGGGAUCUGUAUAAGUUUCUUGAAGCGCUCAAGCGGUGCGAUCUCCCUACAGGUAGCCCAUACUCAAAAAUACCUAUCUUUCCAUUGUUCCCCGAUGUGGACGGGAUGGUGAUGGGAAGGCCAUUCAAAGACAUACAGAAAUUAGAGAUGCUAAGGAGAAAGGAGCCACUGAGUUUCUUUGAGGACUAUUUUUUCCAUAAAAGAGAUUGGAAAGCACAGGCUGCGGCUGUAAAACCUAUCAAGUCUGCCUCAGGCUAUUCAGAUGACAUCCUAGCCAUUGACCAGCUAUUCAAGAAGAAGCAUCACUGGACAGUGUCUGACGCGGCCGCUAUCAAACAGCACGUCAAGAGAGCCACGGACACCUAUAACUUAGGAAUUGCGCUUGAGCACCGGAAAGAAAUGCUGAAUCUCUGGAAAAAGAUCCGAGGGGAUUUGAUUGGGAUCGAAACCAACAAUGAGUCCUUUUAUAACACCUUUUCUACGUACACGUGGUCCUGGAAUGUCUGCCAAGAGCUGCUUUCCCCUAAAGACUUGCGCUUGCAUGAUGCCUAUGCGAACAGAAACUCCUCCGGCAAUUCUGGAUUAUCUUCCCCAUCAGACUUCAGUGAGUGUGACCUGGAGACAGGAAGGAAAAGGAAGCGGAAAGGUUUCAGGGGAUUUCGGCAAUGAAAUGUCUACAUUUUCUAAACAACUCUUCGAAAACUGCUUUCCAUAGUUAUCAAAAUUAUGAUUUCUUGCUUUUAUCUACUACAGUCUUAGCAGGUGGAAAAUUUGACAUCUUUUGGAUUCCAUCCAGUAAAAACCUUUAAAUCAUA